AGGACAUGUUACUCAGUGAGAGAGAGAUGGUGGGCUCCCUGAGGAGUCAGCUGGAGGAAGAAGAGAGACAGAGUGAGGAGAGGAGGAAGGAGAACGAACGACUGAGACUGGAGAGGGAGAGGGAGGAGGAGCAGAGGAAUGAGCUGGAGAGUGAGAGGCAGAGACGGAUGGAGGCGGACCUGGUAGAGAAUGCCCAUCUCAGUGAGCGUGAGGCUUGUAUCCGCAUGGAGCUGCAUGUUCUACAGGGAGAGCUGCAGAGAGAACAGCUGGACAGGGAGCGGGCAGAGGAGGAAGCUGCUGAUGCUAGGGAUGCGCUAAGCAAGGCCCGUGAGUCAGUGUUAACCCUUUCGUCCGGUCAAACCCUUCUGAAGAGAGAAGUGUCAGAGCACCGUGACGCCCUAGAGAAGAUGGCUGCCUUAAACGAAGCCUUAGCCAAGGACAAGAGAGAGCUCAACGCCCAGGCACUACAGCUUGAGAUGGAGAUGGCUGACCUCCAGGUCCAGCUACAGGGACUAGAGUCAAAGGUCGUGACCCUUCGUAGGGAGCUUCACCCAAAGAUCAGAGCUCAGCUCCCUGCAGCAACUCAGGGACAGAGAGAGAGAGCUGGAGAGAGAGGUGGAGACCCUACGGGAGGAGAAGGAGAGAGAGGUGGAGACCCUACGGGAGGAGAAGGAGAGAGAGGUGGAGACCCUACGGGAGGAGAAGGAGAGAGAGGUGGAGACCCUACGGGAGGAGAAGGAGAGAGAGGUGGAGACCCUACGGGAGGAGAAGGAGAGAGAGGUGGAGACCCUACGGGAGGAGAGAGGAAGGGUUGGAAAACGACUGGAAGAGCUGUCUGUGCAGCACGGUGCAGUGUGUGGGAGUUGAGAGGUCUGCAGGCAGAGCUGUGCCAAGCAACAGAGCAGCAGAGGAGGGCAGAGAGAGAGACUGAGGAACUACUAAGAGAGAACCAGGAUGUGGCGGGGACUGUCCUCUCACUGGAGAGAGAGAGAGACCAGCUGGGGCAGGACAUUGAGGAACUCAGGAUCCUGACGGUCUCCCAGCAGCAACAGUUAACCCAGACCCAGCAGCAGGUCUCAGGGCUGGAGGUAGAGAGUAGGCAGCUACAGAUCCAGGUCACCACUCUGCUCCAGACCAAGGAUGUGAUGCAGGGGGAGGUCCAGUGUCUGAGGGGAGAGAUGGAGAGAGGGAGGAGCCAGACAGAGAAGGAGAAACAGGAGGAGCGAGAGGAGAGAGAGAGGAGCCAGAGAGAGAGGGAGGUCUGGCAGGCUGACCUGGAAAGGCUGCAGUUACUGGUAGAUCAGACAACAGAGAAAGGGACAAGACAAGAGGAGGAACGGAGAGAAGAGAGGGCAGGGUGGCAGAGAGAGAGGAUGGCGUUGAGCUCGGAGCUGGGGCACAGAGAUGGAGAGGUGGUGGCGAUGAAGAACAGGAUGGAGGGAUUGGAGAAGGAGAAGGAGGAGAUGUCGUGUCUGUUGGAGGAGAGAGACGCAGAGCUGGAGAGACUAACCGCAGAACACAAGAGCCACCAACACAGAGAGAGAAAACUGAAGGAGGAGGGGGAGAGAUGGAGAGAGAAAGCAGAGGAGGGAGAGAGAUGGAGAGAGAAAGCAGAGGGAGAGAGAUGGAGGGAGAGAGCAGAGGAGGGAGAGAGAUGGAGGGAGAAAGCAGAAGGAGAGAGAUGGAGGGAGAGAGCAGAGGAGGGAGAGAUGGAGGGAGAGAGCAGAGGAGGGAGAGAGAUGGAGGGAGAGAGCAGAGGAGGGAGAGAGAUGGAGGGAGAAAGCAGAGGGAGAGAGAUGGAGGGAGAGAGCAGAGGAGGGAGAGAGAUGGAGGGAGAGAGCAGAGGAGGGAGAGAGAUGGAGGGAGAGAGCAGAGGAGGGAGAGAGAUGGAGGGAGAAAGCAGAGGGAGGGAGAUGGAGGGAGAGAGCAGAAGAGGGAGAGAGAUGGAGGGAGAGAGCAGAGGAGGGAGAGAGAUGGAGGGAGAGAGCAGAAAAGAGAGCAGAAGAGGGGGAAGAUGGAGGGAGAAAGCAGAGGAGAGAGCAGAAGAGGUAGAGAGAUGGAGGGAGAGAGCAGAGGAGGGAGCACAAGAGGUAGAGAGAUGGAGGGAGAGAGCAGAGGAGGGAGCAGAAGAGGUAGAGAGAUGGAGGGAGAGAGCAGAGGAGGGAGAGAGAUGGAGGGAGAGAGCAGAGGAGAGGGAGAGAGAUAAUGCGAGACUGAAUCAGAGGCUCACUGAAAAAGAGAAGAAUAACAGUGAACAACUAAAGGCGGUGAAAAGAGAGAGUGACAAGAUAGCAGAACAACUGAAAAAGGAGGAGGUAGAUGGAAGGAAGAGAUUAGAGAAUAUAGAGGAACUGAAAACUAGAAUGAUCUCACUGGAGGAAGAAAGAGACAAUCUGGAGGCAGAACUGAAGAAAACUGAACUAUUGGAGAACAAAAUGUUUGCCGCGGAGAGAGAGAACUCACAGCUCAGAGAGAGGGAGAGAGAAAGAUGCCAGGAGGAGAGUCUGAGAAAGAGGAGGAAGGAGUCGGAGGGAAGGGAGCGAGAGGAGAUAGAGGAGCUGAAAACUAGAAUGAUCUCACUGGAGGAAGAAAGAGACAAUCUGGAGAGGGAAAUGGUGGAAAUGAGUCAGAGGUUUAAAGAAACAGAGAAUAAAGAGAGUGAACAACUGAAAGACAGAAGAAGAGAGAUGGAGAAGGUGGCAGAAGUUCUGAGAACAAGGGAAGGAGAGAUGAGAAAGAGAGAGGAGGAGAUGACAGAGCUGAAAGCCAUGGUCGUCUCUCUGGAGGAAGAGUUGAAGGACAUUGAGAUAUUAAAGGGAAACCUUCAGGCUUUAGAAGAGGUCAACACCAAACUCCGGGACAAGGAGAUAGAGGAAGAGAGGAAGACGGAAAAGAGAGAAGCAGAAGAGAGGGAGAGGGCGGAGAGAUUGAAAGAAGAGCUGGCACAGAAAGACGUAGAGGUACAGGAGGUGAAGAACAGGAUGGAGGGAUUGGAGAAGGAGAAGGAGGAGAUGUCGUGUCUGUUGGAGAAGAGAGACGCAGAGCUGGAGAGACUAACCGCAGAACACAAGAGCCACCAACACAGAGAGAGAAAACUGAAGGAGGAGGGGGAGAGAUGGAGAGAGAAAGCAGAGGAGGGAGAGAGAUGGAGAGAGAAAGCAGAGGAGGGAGAGAGAUGGAGGGAGAGAGCAGAGGAGGGAGAGAAAUGGAGGGAGAGAGCAGAGGAGGGAGAGAGAUGGAGGGAGAGAGCAGAGGGAGAGAGAUGGAGGGAGAGAGCAGAGGAGGGAGAGAGAUGGAGGGAGAAAGCAGAGGGAGAGAGAUGGAGGGAGAGAGCAGAAGAGGUAGAGAGAUGGAGGGAGAGAGCAGAGGAGGGAGCAGAAGAGGUAGAGAGAUGGAGGGAGAAAGCACAGGAGGGAGCAGAAGAGGUAGAGAGAUGGAGGGAGAGAGCAGAGGAGAGGGAGAGAGAUAAUGCGAGACUGAAUCAGAGGCUCACUGAAAAAGAGAAGAAUAACAGUGAACAACUAAAGGCGGUGAAAAGAGAGAGUGACAAGAUAGCAGAACAACUGAAAAAGGAGGAGGUAGAUGGAAGGAAGAGAUUAGAGAAUAUAGAGGAACUGAAAACUAGAAUGAUCUCACUGGAGGAAGAAAGGGACAAUCUGGAGGCAGAACUGAAGAAAACUGGACUAUUGGAGAACAAAAUGUUUGCCGCGGAGAGAGAGAACUCACAGCUCAGAGAGAGGGAGAGAGAAAGAUGCCAGAAGGAGAGUCUGAGAAAGAGGAGGAAGGAGUCGGAGGGAAGGGAGCGAGAGGAGAGACUGAGAGGAAAGCUGGAGCUGAGAGAAGGAGAGGUUGAGGUCUUGAGAGAGAAGUUGAUUGUCUUAGAAGAAGAGAGGGAUGAGGGGAAGAGAGAGCAGCAGACAUUAGAGGGGAAGAUGGAGAGACAGAUGGCUCAGCUGAGGGAAAGAGAAGAGGAGGUAGAGAAACUGAGGGAGGAGGAAGAGAAGGCCGGGGCUAGGCUACAGCAGAGAGAGGAAGAGUUGAGAAAUCUGAAAGACAGAAUGCACCAGUCAGAGCUCUCAGAGAAACACGUCUCAGACCUUCUGAUAGAGACGGAGUCUUUACUAGAGACCGAGAGGAGUCAGAGCAGAGACAGGGAUAAAGCACUACACCUGGCAAAGGAGGAGAGGAAGAGGGAGAGAGAACGGGCACAGGAAACAGAGCAGCACAACGUGAGACUGGAAGAGGAGGUGAAGAAAUUGAAAGAAAGAGUGGAGGAACGGAUAAAAGAAGUAGCAAGGCUCUCACAGCUCCUGAAGGAGAGAGAGGAGGAGGACUUUAGGGUGAGAGCGGUAGAGAGCGGUGGAGAAAGACAGAGACAGAAGGAGGAACUGAAAAGGAGUGAGGAGGAGAGGGAGAGACAGGAGGACGUAUUGAGGAGGAACAAGGAGGAGAGGGAAUGGUUGGGUGCCCAGCUGAAAGAGGAGCAGACGGAGGGAGAGAGACUGAGGUCCAGACUAGAGGAGGUGCAGAGAGGACAACGCCUCCUGCAGGAGGAUAGAGGAUGUCGCGUAGAGAGGCUGGGGGCUCAGGUCAAAGCCCUGGAGGAGGAGAGAGACCACCUCUUAGCUGAGAUCAGGAAGAAGGAGAGAGAGGCUGGGAUCCUGAAGGAUGAGACUCACAGAGAGAGGAGAGAGAAGGAGAGGACUGGCUCCUCACUGAGAAGGAUGGAGGAGGAGUUGAAGGAGAGCAGGGAGGCGCGGGCCCUCAGUCUGGCCACCCUGAAGGAGCAGGGAGCAGAGAUGACCAGGAGCAGGGAGAGAAGCAGGAAGGAGGUGCAGGAGAAGGAGGGGGACAACCAGAAGAUGAGAGAGGGGCUGAAGACAGCCAUGCAGGAGAUGGCUACCCUGAACCAGCUGCUGGAGGAGAGCCACAGGGAGGGGGAGAGGCUAAGGAGCCUCCUGCAGGAGAGGAAAGAGGAGAUGGUGAAGAGCAGGGAGGAGAGCCUGCGUGCUGCCCGGGGGGAGGUGGAGGAGCUGCGAGGGAGGACCAGGACUGUGGAGCAAGAGAAAAGGGAGGUGGAGAGAAAGCUCAGAGACAGAGAGGAGGAGAUGGAGGAGGCAGUGAGAGAGAAGGACAGGAGACAGAAGGAGAUGGAGGAGGUGUUGGGAGAGAAGGAGGCUGAGCUGACCACCACCAGGGCUAGACUGGAUGUCCUGGAGGAACAGGGGACAGAGCUCAGAUGUCUGGCUGCUGAGAAGGCAGUUACACAGCUCAGAGAGAGAAUCAGAGUGGUGGAGGGAGAGAUGGAGGGAGUGAGAGAAGAGAAGAAGAGCGAGAUCGAGAGGCUUCAGCGGAAGAUGGAGACGUUGAGACAGGAAGAGGAGGAGAGGAGGGAGAGUCUGAAACUAAGGGAGCAGGAGAGCCUGAGGCGUGUAGAGUUAGUCACGGACAUGCUGAGAGAGAGGGAGACGGAGCUGGAGAGGUUGAGAGAGAAAGCUUACAGAGAGGAGAAAGAUAAACUGGAGGAGAGGAAGAGAGACACAGAGGAAGUGAAACUGCAGAGUGUGGAGAAAGAAGAGACAGAUGAACAGAGGAGACUGAGAGAGCCUGGGGAACAAAGGGAGGCGACAGACCAGAAGAGAGGAGAAAGAAGUCGGGAGGGUCCAGGAAGAGAGGUCUGGCUUCAGGACGAGGUAGAUACUCUGAGGAAGAGAGUGUCCUCCCAGCUCCUGGACACAGAGGAAAGGGAGAGACUGUUGAGACAGAGAGAAGAGGAGGGCCAGGAGAGUCUUAGAUUGUUGAGACAGAGAGAGACAGAGCUUUACACCCUGAGAGAAAGAGUAGAGGAACUCGGUAAGGACAGAGACCGUGUCACAGCUGCCCUGGAGAAGACUGAGGCUACCAUGAUUGGCUACCGGGACAGAGCCCACCAACAGGAGCAAAGCAGAGGGGCGGGAUCUGAGAGGGCCGUGGCCCAGAUAGAGAUGGACCCCCUGGUCCAGGAACGUCUGUCUGUCCUGCAGAGGGCCGUGGCCCAGCUAGAGAUAGACCAUAGACGGCUACAGAGGAGGAACACACUGCUGGAACAACGCACUGACAGACUGAAGACUGAGAGGAAACACCUCAGAGAGAUGCUGACACAGACGGAGAGAGGAUCAUCACGUGAUGGGUUGUCCUCCAGCAGCCUCAGAGACAGAGCUCAGGAGUCCAGGGGCUUGGUUGGUCUGGAAACAGAGGAGUUGGGAGUCCUUAGGACCAAGGUGAAGGAGCUAGAGGACCAGGUACACUACCUACAGCUGACACUCGUCCUCGACCACCGGGAGAGGCUGGAGUUUAUCCAACACUCCUCCAGGAACAACCAAUGGCUGGUGUCUCUUCGCCAAGACUUGACUGAUUCUCUGGUGUUGGUCUCACAGCAACCAAUCCCCUCUGUGCUGGAGUCAGAGACACACCGAUUGGAUAGGAGUGUCAGGGAGGAGGAGAUGAGAUUGUCUCUCAGUCAGAGUUGAAGAUGAAGCACAGAAUGUUUGCCUCCGAAAUGGCACACUAUUGUCUUCCAGGGCUCUGGUCAAAAGUAGUGCACUAUAUCUGAAAUAGGGUGCCAUUUGGGUCUAAAGUAGUGCACUAUAUCUGAAAUAGGGUGCCAUUUGGGUUUAAAGUAGUGCACUAUAUCUGGAAUAGGGUGCCAUUUGGGUCUAAAGUAGUGCACUGUAUCUGGAAUGGGGUGCCAUUUGGGUCUAAAGUAGUGCACUGUAUCUGGAAUAGGGUGCCAUUUGGGUCUAAAGUAGUGCACUAUAUCUGGAAUAGGGUGCCAUUUGGGUCUAAAGUAGUGCACUGUAUCUGGAAUAGGGUGCCAUUUGGGUCUAAAGUAGUGCACUAUAUCUGGAAUAGGGUGCCAUUUGGGUCUAAAGUAGUGCACUAUAUCUGGAAUAGGGUGCCAUUUGGGUCUAAAGUAGUGCACUAUAUAUGGAAUAGGGUGCCAUUUGGGACCCACCCUAUGUAUACUGAACAAAGAUAUAAACAUAACAUGCAACAAUAUCAACAAUUGUACUGAGUUCCACUUCAUAUUUACUCAAUUGAAAUAAAUUCAUUAGGCCCUAAUCUAUGGAUUUAACAUGACUGGGCAGGGGCACAGCCAUGGGUGGGCCUGGGAGGGCAUAGGCCCAACUAAUCAGAAUGAGUUUUCCCCACAAAAGGGCUUUAUUACAGACAGAAAUACUUCUCAGUUUCAUCAGCUGUCUGGAUGGCUGGUCUCAGACGAUCCCACAGGUGAAGAAGCUGGAUGUGGACCUCCUGGGCUGGCAUGGUUACACGGGGUCUGCGGUUGUGAGGCCGGCUGGACGUAUCGCCAUAUUCUCUAAAAUGACAUUAGAGG